AUGGAUCAAGAUCAAGUUCGCCGUAAAGAUACUACUAAGGGUCCUCCGCUAAGGAUCCUGUCCCUCGAUGGCGGUGGCGUGCGAGGAUACUCCAUGCUCAUCCUCCUCCAGGAACUGAUGCAUCGCGUCUACGUCGAGGCAGAAGGAAAGCCCCCGCGACGCGAUCAGGUCCCCAAACCAUGCGAAUACUUCGACCUUAUCGCCGGUACUGGUACUGGCGGUCUAAUCGCCCUGAUGCUGGGCCGCUUACGCCUUGACAUCGAAACCUGCAAGGACGUCUACGUGCGCAUGACCCGGCGGGUGUUUGAAACAGACAAGACUUUCGCCGGCAUCCCAUUUCGCUCGACUUUGUUCAAGGCGUCGAAACUCGAAGAGGCCAUCCGGGAGUGUGUACGGGAACAUACAAUUUAUGAAGCAGAAGGGAACGAUACUACGUCGCCUACAUCGCCGGCAUACGCGCCAUUCAGCCCAAACUUCUCGACGACGUCCAUCCCGCAGCGUUCCGGAAGUCGCGCGAGCCAGAGUACAACGCAUUCGUCGAUGAACAACCGGAGUUCUGCCUUCAUCAAUGGCCUGAGAUGGGGGAACCCAGAUGCGCUACUAUAUGAUAAUCGGGAGAACCGGACGAAGACGGCCGUUACGGCGUUAUAUCGAGGCACGACCAAGGGCGGAAACUCGGUGCUCCUUCGAUCUUACGACUCCCGCAAGGAGCCUGCGCCCGAGUACAACUGCACGGUCUGGCAGGCCGGCCGCGCAACUUCAGCUACCGGGUUAGCUUUCAAGCCUAUUCAGAUCGGGCAACAUUGGUUCAUUGACGAAGGCCCGGGCACAUACAAUCCCUCGCCACAAAUAUUAGACGAAGCAGUUGUCAACGAGUGGCCGGGACGUGAGAUCGGGGUGUUUAUCAGUGUUGGCACGGGGAAGCGCCCUCCCGACACCAACAAUCGCCAGCACGAGUGGUGGGAGGACUUUUUCGGCGACGCUCUAGGCACAUUCGCCGAGGCACGCCGCCGGCUGAUUACGAAGAUUGAGGGCUGCGAGGAUAUCCAUCAUGACAUGCUCCGCGAGCAUCUCCCCAAGCGCAACGUGAGCAAGGACAACUACUACCGGUUGAACGUCGAGGUUGGAGUGGGCGAAUUCGGCAUGAACGAGUGGCACCGUCUUGCAGACAUCAGCACGAACACUCGUCGCUACCUCUCGCGACCUGACGUGAAGAAGAUGAUUCUCGACGCGAGCGUUAAAUUUGCCAAAAUCGAACGCAUGCACCGUCGUCUCGAAGCCCACUCGGCAGCCGGACACGACGCCAACACUCUACUCGAAGAUGACCAUUCCUCGCUAGCUCCCAGCCCUCGUCUUUCAGUAACAUCGCCUGCGCCGACACACGCACCACCACCCCCUCCCGACGCGGUCGAGCUCCCCGCGGAACUCCCCGGCGACUUCAUCCAACUCCAUCCCAACGACGACAAGCUCCCCGUGCACCCAACACCCCAGGACGCAAUCCGCCCAUCCUCCGGGCGCGCAUCAGUAAGCGACAUCAUCAGCUCAAACGAGCCCAGCCGUCCAACAUCGCAAGCCUACUCGCCUCCACGUCUAAGCUUCGACCACAUGCACUCACACUCACACUCACACUCAGGGCCUCCGCCCAUCCCUCCCAAAACACCAAUUCCCUACCCAGACACUGCAGAGCUAGGAGGAAUUCAAAUGCCAAUGCCGAGCCCAGGACUACAUCCAGCUCAUGCGCCUGCAGCCGCGACCGCGCGACCGCCGUACCCAGUCGACGAGCCGCCGCCGAUCGUGAAUAAGCUGCGGAAGCCGAGCUACCAAGUGCGUGACUAUUCCGCAUAA